GCUGGUAAAUUUUAAGAUAGCCAUUUGCUAAAUUAAAUAAUUUGGAUAAAAUUAAACGCAUUUCCUUAGUAACACAUACAUAAAAAAAUCUUUAAAAUACAUUUCCUAAAUAACAUUAACAGUUCCAACUCCGAAAAAAUUUGGUUAUCUUUUUGUUUUCUUUCUGUAAAAGAGUUAUCAAGUAAUGUGAUUGCGUCAUGUAAGACCGUACUUGUAUCUAGAUCGUAUUAUAUUAUAUCAGCCUAUAGGAUUGAAUGAUAGAAAACAAAUAAUGAUGACAAAACACGCAAAUUUGACUUGACCCCUCAUUAAAAAACAAACACAAUCUGAAUCAAAUGCAAACUUUUUACAUAUCCUACAAAGUAUGGAUAAUAGAAAUGAUUAAAAAUAAAUAAGGUUAUUACCAAAUCAUGGAAGGGGAAGAGUUUCAGCUCCAUUGGGAGUCAGAGGUUAAACCCAACACUGAAGUUUGUGAAGAAGUAACAUGUGGGUUGGAUAAUGUACAGACAGUACCAUAUUCCAACAUGACAGCAGAAGAACUUAUGAAUAAUGCUGAUAAUAUAGCUGCAGAGAAUUUAAUGUAUUUAUCUCAAGAUGUUGUAAGUUACACUGACUCCACUGAUAUUGUAGCCGACCCUAGUGUAGAGUGUGUCACUGAAGAAGUCAUUACUGAUGACUGGGUUAUUACUGGUGGACAGGAAAGAGUGGAGGUGCCUUUUGAACAGUUAAUGAAUCCUGCUCAAGAUAUAAAAAUAGAAAAUGAUAUUGAUGUGCCUUUACCAACAGACCAGGAUGAAUACACAGCAAUGCGGCCGUUUCCAUGUGAUUUUUGUUCCCGGAGAUUUAGAAAGAAAGCAGCUCUUAUGAACCACAUGGUAGCCCAUCAGAAUGAUAGACCACAUGCAUGCAACCUUUGUGGUGUUCGAUAUGUACGCAAGUGUGAUCUUAUGAAUCACUUCAAGGUCCAUGCUUUUAUACCAGAAUCAACGGAGCAUAUUGUUCAGGAGUAUCCCAGUGAUGAGGAAUUGCCAGAGAGUCCAAUUCUCAAGCAAAAAAAGAAAAGAGGCAGACGGAAAAAGAAACCUGAAGCUAACGGCAUCCCGGAUGUGAAUAUGACGUCAGCGCGUACGCAACAGUGGUCUCGUCGCGGGCGUACGCCCCCCAGAGCCCCCUCGCCGGCCCCUUCUCCGUCACCUCCACCUUCUCCCUCACCGCCCCCAUCUCCUCCCUCUCCUCUACCGCCCCCCGCUGACCCUGCAAGGCCCUUUGUGUGUCGAACGUGUGGAGUCGGUUUCGCAAGAGAGAAAGCUUUGCAGUCGCAUUCUAGGAUACACGGCGGCGAUUCUCCUAUGGAAUGUAGCGAGUGUGGGGAGCUUUGUUGGUCGCGAGAUAGUUUGGCGUCGCACGCCGCACAGAAACAUCCGCAUCUCUCGCAUUUACCCCGUUCCAUGAAGCAAGAACCGUAUGAUGAUAAUUCGGGAGACGAUAUGGACUUCCGGUUAUCACCACUAGCCCACAGCGGCAGUGACCAUAGUAUACGCCAUGGCAUGGUAUACGAUACGGUCCGUGGGCCGGAACUCUUCUGUCAGGAUUGUGGAGUGGCCUUCCAACGCGCUGAUUUGCUGAGGAGACACGUCACUGCCGCCCAUAGCUACAAGCGACACGACAGCACAAGCAGUACGUGGGAGCAAGAACACACAUGUGACGUGUGCGGCGAGAGUUGCCCCGACGCUCUUACGCUAUUGGCCCACGCUGAAAGACAUACAGAACGGCCCAGGCCUAAUUCAUCCAGGUUUAAGAAAAUGUCAAAAGGUCAGAAUGCGUCAGGCAGUAAUACGAGGCAGUUUCCAUGUAGAGAAUGUGGCAAAGUGUUCGGUUCGCGAAGUUCUCAGCAGAUCCACGUGCGUAUUCAUACGGGCGAACGGCCGUACGCGUGCCGUUUCUGUUGGAAGGCCUUCGCUGAUGGCGGUACAUUAAGAAAACAUGAACGUAUACACACGGGUGAAAAACCGUACGCGUGCGCAGUAUGUCCACGAGCUUUCAACCAGCGAGUGGUGUUAAGGGAACACGUGAGAUCGCAUCACUCUGCGCCUGAUCGACGGGCGAAUGGUGGAUACCAGUACUCAUGCGCAGUUUGUGGUCGACCGAUGUUAACGAGUGCGGAACUGGUCCAACAUCUAAUACAGCACUGUGAUGAAAACACCGCUAUGAAGAGGCAACCGCAGUCUGGUCCGCGCAAAUACAAGCGGCGUCGUAAAGUGAAGACGGAGACACCUGCCGAGUGGGAUGGGUCGCCCCCCGCGUCCCCCGUACCCCAAUCCCCCUCUCCGACGCCCCCCACUCCCCCACCCGUGCCACGCAGAAGGCGACGGGCAGCCGCGGCACCCGCACCACGCCCACGCAUGAUACACACCUCCGAGGAGACCAGGGUUAGGACCAAACAGGUUCGAACUCGCCGACCGCCUCGUCACCCAGCCGACGACCUACGGGCUAUCGCCUGUUCCCCUUCGCCGCAACCUAAAAAUUCCCCUUCUCCCCCUUCUUCUGUUCCCCCUUCGCCCGGUUCACCCGAAGACGCAGAUGGAGAUGGACCAUACAAGUGCGAAAUGUGUUCGUUAGAAUUCCCCCGACGCGACGCCCUCUUACUUCAUGUCCCUAUACAUAUAUGACGAAGAAAAACCGCCCGGGGAACGCGCGGUAAACGCUCCGGGAAAAAGUAAUUUAAGACGUGUAGAUGUUCUCACACGCUAUUGCGUGAGAUCCGGUGUAAGAAAUAAAUACCUUUAACUGUAAAUCUUAUAUUUAUAGAAAAAACCACACCCCUUCAACUACUCUUAACGACCAAUCAUAAAGGUAGCUAAGUAUCAAUAACGGGGGUUGCAUUGCAUGCGCAACAAAAUCCGUCGACUACACAGUACAUAGUAUUGGUAAACAUGGAUUAAAUCACAAAUAUGGGUAAGUUUCUUAUAUCGCAUCUUCAACAAUAACAAUACCCCGCUGUAUUGCGUAAUACUAAUGCUAGUAUACGUAAACCCAUUAUGUAAGCGGCAAAAUGUAAAUUUACAACCUCAUUCAAUGAAACAAAUUUAUAUUUUAACAUGUCAUUCGAUUAUCUACAUAUAUAUAUGUAUAUUCGAUUAUAUACAUACUUAGAUAAUAUUGAGUAUAAUAAUUUUACAUGAUAUAAACUGAAACAUGAUUUUCUCUAUACAACAAUAUUUUAUUGCUGGUAGCUUGAUCAUUAUAUAAACUUAUUGUUACAUUAUAACUGUUAUAGUCUAGCUGUUUUACAAUAACGGUGAAAAUUAAAUAAAUGUAAAUUUUGACAUUGACUUUGACAAGUUAAAACUGCUAAAUCAAAUCAGUGAUGCCAACUUGAAUAUUUCACCCAAAUUUAGGGGAACUUCUUUUUAAAGGCUUUUUACUUUAUCCUAGAUUUUUUUUAUAAACAAAAGAUUAUAUACAAUUUACUUUAAGCCGACAAACUGAUUUGAUGUUGGUCUUAAGGGGACCAGUCUGUAGGAGUUGGCAUCGCUUAGACAGGACACUAUAGUUAACUCGCCGCACAAUAGCAGCAAAAAAUUUAUUAUACUAUAACCAAAAUAAACGAAACGACUUGCAAAACAUUAUUUAUUACGUUAAUUAUUUGAAUAAAAAUUACAUAUCUUAAAGAAGCAAAUGAAGUGGGACAUCUUAUUUAUUAUCCCGUCGAGCGUUUUAUGUUAAAAAUAAUUAAUCUGAAUAUUGAUAUAUUUGUUUUUGUGUAAAUAAUAAUUAGCUAUAAACUUGUUUGAUAGAAAUUGUAAAUAUUCCAUGAAAUAUUUACGGAAGAACGAACUUACACCUAAUUGAAUUGUAUCUGGGAGAUCUUAUUUGAUGUUAGGAAGAUAACUUAUAUUUUCACUGUUAAAGAACCAAAGCUUUAUUUUAUAUUGCAUAAUAUAUUUUGAAUUCAGUUUAAGUGGUAUUUAAGAGCCGGCCUCAAUCACUGAAUGAUUCAUAAAAGUUCCAAAUCAGUCUUUUCAGAACAAAAAAUGUAUUAUCUUAUUUCUUUUUAAUAUUAUCAUGACUAUAAAAAUACAACUGUUCAUAUACUUGUUACUGACUUGGCAUCACCCAUAUUAUUAAUUAUAAAGUAAAUAAAUGUGUAAAUAAGAAAUCGAAAAUAAAUUGGACUUAAGACUUAGAAUGGAGGAAACAUUAUGAUUGCUGUGAUAUAGCAACAUUAUUUUAAAUUAAAUGAGAAAAAUUUAUUCUUGACAUGGGUCCUUAAAUUUGAUGAUAGCGUUCGUUUUUAGUUUGUCUGUUUUAGUAUUUAACUGAUUGACUGAUUAUUCGAUUAGUUAUCAUCUCAUGUGUUUUGUAUAUAGUUAAGUAAUUUUGUAUAUUAUUUUGUUAAUAUUUACAGACCUAAGUCUGCAAGAUCAAGCAAAUCUGCUGACUUAUUUGAUAACUAUGUCGAGAUAUUAAUAGUUAAUCAUUUGUUUAGAGUCAGUUCUAUUAACAUUAAUGUUUUAUAUAUAUGUAUAAAUUUAUUUUAAUACGUCAAAUAAAGCUGCAAUAAGAUUUAAAAGAAUGCCUUUUGUUGAUUUUACGAAUUUAGAGGGAUAUCUCAUUGCUCUUGUGUCUUUUUUCAACUCAAAUUUCCUUCUGUAAUACAGUUUGCAGUUGUUGUUGCAGUUAAUAUAGUUUGCAGUUGAUGUGUGCAUUUCCCAAAUCAUGUUAAUGGAUUUUGUUAUUUUUUAAAUCAAAAUUAUGGUUUAUAAACUCCUAGGUUUAAUUUGAUUAAUAAUCGUGAAAAAAUAUUACUCCUUAAUUGUUACUGAAUUGGAAAGAAAAAGACAACUAAAUGAAACCUAUUCAGGUUCAUUAUAAACAACACCUGAUUAAUUUAAUCAGUAAUAUUGUAAUCCUACCUUUAACUGGUGUCAAUAAUAAUGAGUAUUUGAUAUUGCA